AUGGAAGGUAACAUAAUCAAUGAUUCUAUUUAUUCUAAAUUUGCGAGAAUAUACACUACACGAGUAAAACUUUACAAUAAAAAAGUAGAUCUAGAAAGAGAAAUAGAAGAGAAACUUAAAGAACAGCAAAUUCUUAAGGCAAUUUUACUACAAAGAGAAAAUGAAAAUCUUAAAUUGUCUAAACCUCUACUUAAAGAUUUUACUUUUACUUUAAGUAAAGGCUCAGAUACGUAUUUUGAAGUACUUGAACUUUCCUUUGAAAGUUCAAAUAAAAACACUAAAGAGCCUUUAUUAAAUUACAAAGCUAAAAGGGUGUAUUUAAGCUACAAAGAAAAUGAUAGACAGAAAAUGGUUUAUAUCUGUGAAAUAGCAGGUAAACAAAUUUCUAUUACUACUGAAGAUGGUACACAGUGGAAAGGACAAGAUCUAUGGAAGAAGUUUUUAGAAGACUUUAAACAACCACUGGAAUUUAAGACUCUAGAACAUUUUUUUGGUCUUACGUAUAAACCCGUUCAAAACAGAAUUGAGAAGCAAAAAUCAUGUUUUAUGUGA